UCCUCGUUUUCCGGCUUUCCCAACGAAGGAAAUUCGUUUGUAAUCAGUGAUCCAGUGAUCGCCGUCAAACUUCCAGCCAUCGCGAAAGGCGUUUCAGCCUCGAGAUCGAAGCGUGCUAUCCAAGUGAAACCUGUUCCGUUCAUAGUGUGGCCGUUGCAUUAAAUAAGCAGUGAAAUCGAUUCGCGCUCGCGAGUCACCGGCACGUGAAUUGGUGGUCGAAUCGAACCCGUGCGAUAAUCCACACAGUGGCCAGUCCGUCCCGCGCACACCGCCAAACUCCGAAAAACACGAUGUCCAGCGGCAUUCAGAUUACGGCCGACGACAAACCGACGACCGGCAUCAGCGCCACGCCGUCGAAGACACCGCCGGUUGGGCCGCCGCCGGUAUCGAGCAUCCCUUCAAGCCCUUCACAUCUGCAGCUGCCUUCGCCGAUCAUCACGCGUCGCACUCGAACUGCCUCAACGUCCGACCGUGCCAUGCGCAACCCGAUCGAGGAAGGCAAGGUGAAAUCGUUCAGCAGAAGCAAAGGACACGGGUUCAUUACGCCGACCGCCGGUGGGGACGAUCUUUUCGUGCACAUUUCUGACAUCGAGGGAGAGUAUGUGCCACUGCCCGGCGACGAGGUCAGCUAUCGGCUGUGCUCGAUUCCGCCCAAGUACGAGAAGGUGCAGGCCAUUCACGUGCAGAUCACGCACCUGACGCCGGAGAAGCACUCGCGCUGGGAGACCUGCAUCGGGCACGACGACGGCCAUCGGUUGCAUUAGGACCGGUGGUUGGAACCGCCGGAGCAGCAGCAGCAGCAGCAGCAACCGAUGUCUGCGAAGUGCGAUCCGCGCCGGUGGCCAGAUAUUUCGUUCAGUUUUGCGUAGAAACGGUACUGUUGCGGUUGCGAGCACAAGCGAGCGACGGUGGUGGUAGUGAGUGGACGAGACGAGAGGAGCGCAGAAGAGGGGAUGUUCAGUAUUUUGCACGUUUCAGCAUAGUUUUGCUUAUUUUCCCUAUCGACGGGUAUGUUGGUAACUCGUAAAUAAUGUUAAAUUCUAGUUACCGCUUUGAUUCGAUUCCGCGCACACGUGGCGAGAGUUGAAAUCUAGUUUAUUCCUUCGGCACGCCUACCGUCCGGGGUUUUGGUUAAAUAAAUAGAAAUGGCGCGUAGUGUCCGACCGAAGGUGGUGCCAUGCUGGAAUAAGGAUGGAACAAGGAAGGAAGGAUGUGGACCAAAACCAAACUAAGCGACCCACUGCGAAGUUUACAAGCUAUAAUGGGCCAUACAUGUAACAGAUGCACACUGUCCAUCGUCGCACGCUGUGCAACAGUGUCCGUAUGUCCAUCGGGAACACAGGUUAUCGCUUGCUGGCCGUCAGAACAUUGUACAACGAAAAUUAGAUGAAAACCAGAUACCGGGCCCAGUAGCAGCAGCACACCCCGGCGUCGUGUUUGGGUUGGGUUCUGCACACUUUACCCUUCCUGUCCGUGCGCAGGUUGGCAUUUCCUCUCAUCUUUCCGCAAACUAGCAGCGCAAACAACACACGCUCACUGCUCACGGCGUGCAACUAUGUCACGCCAACCGUGAUGGCGGUCCGUCGCCAUCGCCACAGAAACCUCAACGCCUUUCAAUGGCACUCCGGGAGCAACGCGACAGUCCAGGAAUCUUGUGACCCCGUUUUUCUAUCUCUUCCUUCUCGGUGCUGCUCCAUACACGAGAAAGCUCCUUUUUACGGCUUAGGCUUAGUGCGACUGCGAGCUACGAAACAAAAACCAAUAAAACAGGGCAUUGCUACUACUUA